ACAUCCUCUUCAACACAGCUCCGAAACCCGCUUAGCAGUCUCAGUUAAUCAGUCUUUCUCAGCCUUCUGCUGUCCGCCGCUAGUGAAAUCCACCUCAUAGUAUUGAACAUUAUAUUUGGCGACGAGGAAAAGUUCAAGUGAGAGUAAAAGACGCGUGUGUGAAACAGGAAAAUCUAUUUCUACUGUGACCAGAAUAGCCUUUGGCGGAGGCGCGAUUCCUGCAGCAACAGCAAAGUCUCGGCAGUGCAAAAUAAAAUUGCCUCGGACGGAGGUACGAGUUUUGCAGUAGUAGCAGUGAAAGGCCUGUGGAAAAAACGCGAUUCACUCCGACGGGGAUUGUCUGGAAUAACGGUACAGGUUUAGAAACCCGUUGGUACGGUGAAGAAAAAUUUUAGCAGCUGUUUGGCCGUUUUGUGUUGUUUCACUGGCGGAUAUUGGAAUCUGUUUUCGGUAGACAACUGCGUUUUCCGUCUCGAGAUCCGUGAGAAUUCGCUUCGGUUGGUGUCGGAUUGUUCCUGACUGGCCGUGACGAUCACGAAUACGACGACGAUAUCGCCGACGAGCAGCCGGUUGGCCAAACGAUUUCGAAGUGUCUGGUAGCGUUGCCACGCUUCGGUAACAAGUUCAUUCAUAAUUGAAACGAUGUCUUACGUAGCUCCGAAUAUUGAUCCGUACCGCAAAGGACAAUCAUUUGCUUCCUGGUUUACGCGCCUAGGAUACCAUUUUCGCGUUAACAAAGUAGCGGAAGCAGACAGGAAGGAUCAAAUGUUUCUCUUAGGAGGCGAUUUUCUUUUCGAAGUAGCUCAGAGCUUGUACCUGAAUGAACAGUUGCUGGAUGCUGCACCCUUUGACGAAUUGAUCGCGAAGUUGAAGCAAAAGCUGGACAAAACGGAUUCUGCUUUGAUCCAGCGUUUCAAAUUCGGGUCCCGGGUACAGCAACCUGGUGAAACAGCUAGUGACUUCCUGUUCUCGCUAAAACUUCAGGCGGAGUAUUGCAAUUUCAAAGAUGACAAGCAGGACCGCAUACUGGAUCGAAUUUUGAUAGGCUUGUCGGAUGACAAUUUAAGGCAGAAGCUAUUGUCAGAGGAUAGUGAGAAGUUGAAUCUGACUCAGGUCGAGAGGAUUGUGACAACAUGGGAAAUGGCUACUUCCAAUGCGAGGGUUUUGACUCAGGACAAUUCUACAGGACAAAUUGCCUCUAUAGUUGGAGGGCGAGGAGCACUCUUGCAGCGUAUUAAGGAUCUAGCUCAGGGUCGUGGACCAGUCAAGAGUCGACUAGGGUUCAAUCCUCCGUCCGUUUCUCCUGCAAGAGGUAUUCAGCGCAGCGCCACAUCCCACAGGUACGAUGAUCGUAGAAACCAUUCUUCGCAAUCCAGGCAGUCUAGACAGGGGCGGUUCCAGGAGCAACGGAACAGAUACCAGGACGCAGAUAUUCGACCGGCGGAGUCCAAAAAUGAUAAACGGAUUGUCAUAGAUCAAAGAGUGUGCCACUAUUGUGGAGUGCGUGGACACGUCAAAAGGAAAUGUUUCAAACUGAAACAAUAUAAGAGAGACCCGGUCAAUAAUGUCAACAUGGAGGAGCCUGGUACAAGCACGGAUAACAAAUUGUCCAGUAUGAUGAAUCGUAUGUCAUGGGACGACAAAAGUGAUGAUUCAGAUAAAGAUUACAAUUGGAAACGGACCUACGACCACGGCGCACCGAAGUCAAGUUAAGAUUAUCGACGAUGCGGGUGGCCGGGUGCGGCGCAGGAUGGUGGUGCAUGUCGAUCGUACUGUCGAUGACCCUGGUCCAUCACCACCACCACUGCAAGAAACGAUCCACGAAGAAGAGCCGAGCGAGGAGCCUUUCCGGGGUUUUCCGGAGUGCGAGUUGCGCGGUGUCGAACGGAUGGUCAAGCCACAUCGAAAACGAAGAAACGAAUCUAAUUUGGCGCUCGAUGGCCUGCCAAGGCGUUCGAAGCGAACGCGGAAGAAUACUUACAACAGUGAAUUCGAAUAUUUUUAAAUAAGAAGUGAUAAAUUGAAUUUUGUGAAUAAUAAGUAAAAUUAAUUCCUUCAAGUUCAGAAUCCUAAUAAUAAUCUUUAAAGAAGGAAGGAAUAAUAUGUAUCUAAAAUUAUCUUAUUUGCAUUUUCCGUGCAAUGCUAUAAAAAUGUAUUAUAGUAAAAGGUAGGGACCGAUACCCUACUUAAUAAACAGUCCGGCGUUUGUCGGUCUCUUUUCUAUUCCAA